AUGUCUUCAUUCCUCAUCCUCAGCAUCAACGCAGGAAGCUCGAGUCUCAAAACCACCCUCUACCUCGAAGAAGGCGAGGAUGGAGAUAAGAAGCUGAGUAAACUGGCGAGUGCCCAGAUCUCCGACAUCAACAAUCCACCAGCCCAUCUCAAAUACGUCCGGGGUUCCUACAAAGACACCAGCGAACUCGGUCAGGUGGCCGACCACAAGGCGGCAUUCAACCACGUCCUCAAUGCCUUCCUGACCGACUCGGAGAUCCCUCAGGCCUCGCACCGAGAAGACAUCCACUACGCCUGUCACCGGGUGGUGCAUGGAGGCUCGUUCGAAGAUGAUCAGUUGAUAACCAAAGAGACGUUUGACAAGAUUGAGAAAUUGUCGGAUCUGGCACCACUACAUAAUGCCUCCGCAGUCAGCCUCAUGAUUGCCUGCCAGGAGCAGCUCCCCCAAGUCACCAACGUCGCCUGCUUUGACUCCGGUUUCCACCAUACCAUGCCCGACUACGUCAAGACGUAUGCGAUCGACCAGAAGAUUGCGAAAGAGAAGGGUCUGCGGAAAUACGGGUUCCACGGCCUCAGUUACAAAUACAUCAGCCGCCGCGUGGCCGAGUAUCUGAACAAACCUCUUGAGGAGACGAGCAUUAUAGCCCUCCACCUGGGCAGCGGAGCCUCUGCCUGUGCCAUCAAGAACGGCCAGUCCAUAGAUACCACCAUGGGCCUGACCCCGGUAUCGGGCCUCCCCGGUGGUUCUCGCACGGGGGACAUCGAUCCCAGUCUGGUCUUCCACUACACCUCUGACGCGAGUGCGCUGAGCCCCAACAGCACUAAAGAUUUACACAUUUCUGCCGCCGAGGAGAUCCUCAAUAAGCAGUCAGGCUGGAAGGCUCUGACCGGGACCACCGAUUUCUCCAAGAUCGCCGACCCUAACGCCCCCGACACACACAAGCUCGCCUUCAACAUCUUCGUGGACCGCAUCGUUGGCUAUGUCGGCAACUACUUUGUAAAGUUGGAUGGCAAGGUCGAUGCCUUGGUCUUCUCCGGCGGUAUUGGCGAGAAAAGCGCAUAUCUACGGGAAGUCGUAACGAACAAGGUGUCCUGUCUCGGCUUUACCUUGGACCAGGAGAAGAACAGCAAGGCUGCAGAGACUGGCGAUAUUGUCGAUAUCGGUACCAGUCAAAAACUUCGCACGCUCAUGUGCGAGACGGACGAAGACAUCGAAAUGGCCUACACAGCGGCGUACCAUCCCGAGCGUAUCGGGCAAGGAGAGUGA